CUGUCUCUUUAUUUUCUCACAUAAACCAACCGAUCACACUUCUCGAACCUUCUUCUUCUUCCAAGCUCUCUGUUCUCGACAUCAAACAUGGCGGAUCAAGCUGAAUCAUCUGAUUCUAAGGGGACGAAGAAGGAUUUUAGCACAAAGAUUCUGGAGAGAAAGAAGGCGGCGAAUCGUUUGGUUGUGGAUGAGGCCAUCAACGAUGAUAACUCUGUUGUUUCUCUGCACCCUGAGACUAUGGAGAAGCUACAGCUCUUUCGUGGUGAUACCGUUUUGAUUAAGGGAAAGAAGAGGAAGGAUACUGUGUGUAUAGCUUUAGCUGAUGAUACUUGUGAUGAACCAAAAAUUAGGAUGAACAAGGUUGUUAGGUCGAACCUGAGGGUCAGGCUUGGCGAUGUUAUCUCUGUUCAUCAAUGCCCUGAUGUUAAGUAUGGGAAGCGAGUUCAUAUCUUGCCCAUUGAUGAUACCAUUGAAGGAGUUACUGGAAAUCUAUUUGAUGCAUACCUUAAACCAUAUUUCUUGGAGGCAUACCGUCCAGUGAGGAAGGGUGAUCUUUUCCUGGUUAGAGGAGGGAUGAGGAGUAUUGAGUUUAAGGUUAUUGAGACCGAUCCUGCUGAAUACUGUGUGGUCGCUCCAGAUACAGAAAUUUUCUGCGAGGGUGAGCCAGUUAAGAGAGAGGAUGAGGAGACUGAUGAAGUUGGGUAUGAUGAUGUUGGUGGUGUCAGAAAACAGAUGGCUCAGAUUCGGGAACUUGUUGAGCUCCCAUUGAGGCAUCCACAACUCUUCAAGUCCAUUGGUGUGAAACCUCCCAAGGGAAUCUUGCUCUAUGGCCCCCCUGGUUCUGGGAAGACAUUGAUCGCCCGUGCUGUUGCUAAUGAGACUGGUGCUUUUUUCUUUUGUAUCAAUGGUCCCGAGAUCAUGUCAAAGCUAGCUGGUGAGAGUGAAAGCAACCUCAGGAAAGCUUUCGAGGAAGCUGAGAAGAAUGCCCCCUCAAUCAUUUUCAUUGAUGAGAUCGAUUCUAUUGCUCCAAAAAGAGAAAAGACAAAUGGGGAAGUUGAAAGACGGAUUGUUUCCCAGCUGUUGACGCUUAUGGAUGGGCUUAAAUCCAGAGCACAUGUGAUUGUUAUGGGAGCGACCAACCGUCCCAACAGUAUUGAUCCUGCUUUGAGAAGGUUUGGACGCUUUGACAGAGAAAUCGAUAUUGGUGUUCCUGAUGAGAUUGGUCGUCUUGAGGUUCUCAGGAUUCACACCAAGAACAUGAAGCUGGCAGAAGAUGUUGAUUUGGAAAGAGCAUCCAAAGACACCCAUGGGUAUGUUGGUGCUGAUCUUGCCGCAUUAUGCACUGAAGCUGCUCUCCAAUGUAUCAGAGAGAAGAUGGAUGCAAUUGACCUAGAAGACGACGAGAUAGAUGCCGAAAUUCUCAAUUCUAUGGCUGUGACUAAUGAGCAUUUCCAGACUGCCCUUGGUAACAGCAAUCCUUCUGCUCUACGUGAGACGGUUGUUGAAGUGCCUAAUGUUUCUUGGGAGGACAUUGGUGGACUUGAGAAUGUCAAGAGGGAGCUCCAAGAGACUGUUCAAUAUCCAGUGGAGCAUCCUGAGAAAUUUGAGAAGUUUGGUAUGUCACCUUCUAAAGGUCUCCUGUUCUACGGUCCUCCUGGUUGUGGAAAGACCCUCUUGGCUAAGGCUAUCGCGAACGAGUGUCAAGCCAACUUCAUUAGUAUCAAAGGUCCUGAGCUCCUCACAAUGUGGUUUGGAGAGAGUGAAGCCAAUGUGAGAGAGAUAUUUGACAAGGCACGCCAAUCUGCUCCGUGUGUUCUUUUCUUCGAUGAGCUUGACUCCAUUGCCACUCAGAGAGGUAGCAGUGUUGGAGAUGCUGGUGGUGCUGCAGACAGAGUAUUGAACCAGCUUCUUACAGAGAUGGAUGGAAUGUCUGCUAAGAAGACUGUCUUCAUCAUCGGAGCUACAAACAGACCAGACAUCAUCGACCCUGCACUUCUGCGUCCUGGUCGUCUCGAUCAGCUCAUUUACAUUCCUCUUCCUGAUGAGGAGUCUCGUUACCAGAUAUUCAAGUCUUGCUUGAGAAAAUCCCCUGUGGCUAAAGAUGUUGACCUGAGGGCUCUUGCUAAGUACACCCAAGGCUUCAGCGGUGCAGACAUCACAGAGAUUUGCCAACGUUCUUGCAAGUACGCUAUCAGAGAAAACAUCGAGAAGGAUAUUGAGAAGGAGAGGAAAAGAGUAGAGUCACCAGAAGCAAUGGAAGAGGACGAGGAGGAGAUUGCAGAGAUCAAAGCCGGUCACUUCGAGGAAUCCAUGAAAUACGCUAGGAGAUCAGUAAGUGAUGCAGACAUUCGCAAGUAUCAGGCUUUUGCUCAGACUCUCCAGCAAUCACGUGGGUUCGGAAGUGAGUUUAGAUUUCCAGAUGCGCCUACAGGGACUGUAGGUGCUGCCACGGUUGGUGGAGCUGACCCGUUUGCCACAUCCGGAGGAGCAGCCGAAGAUGAUGAUCUCUACAGUUGAAAGAGAUCUGAUCAGACUUUGUGACCCGUUUUGCUGGUCGUUGUCGUAUGUUUUUUAUAUAAUAGUUGAGUCUCUAAAUAAACCGUGUGUUAGAUAUGGUGGCAUGGUUUUAUGAUGAAAAUAAGUUAAUAAAACUAUAGCAAUAAGAUUUUGGCACUAAACCUGUAUGGACUUCUGAAAUCAUAUAGAUGGUCUAAUCAA